AUGUUCGCCCGCUGCGACAGCCCAGUAUGGCGCGUCGAUGAUUUCACCGAGUGCUUCGAGCAGGAUUACCUGCAGACGCUCCUCCCGCUGAUAAUAUGCGGCGUGUCCUUCCUGUACCUCAUUCUACAAAUCUACCGCGCAUGGCAGCAAUCCAAGCACUACACGGCAUACCACUCCCUAAACUCGUGGCGCAAUGCCUGGUCCUUUCGUCCGGCCCAGCACAGCCUGGGAACCAACCCUUUCGACAACGACGACUCGGAUACUGAGGACGAGCUCGAACGGAAUGCCGACCUCGCUCUGGUCCCGACGCGGACGAACGACUCUUUCGUGGAGCUGGACAGACCGAAGGGCGAGGUGCUUCUGGUCGUGAUCGAGGAACUUGCGGUGCUUGGCGAAUUGGCAAUACAUGUCGCGGCUCUGAUUGAAGGCAAGGGAACGCUUGUGUCGAGGGUUUCUGGAGUUGCGGUCUGGGCCUACGUAACCAUUCUGGCCUCCGCGAGACUGCUGUUCUCCAACACAAAGCGCCUGUCUUUCCCCAGGCUCUGGUUCCAUACCGCCUCAAUCUACUGCUUCCUCUGGCUUUUCGAGAUCCUCCUCUUCCGCUCAGCCAUCAUCCACCCGAAGUCCAAGCUCGGACGUAACCUCACUAUCGCCGAUUUCGCUCUUACAACCCUGCUCGCGGUUAUUGCGCUCACUUCGCGCAAGGGUAACCGCCCGGUGGAGCUGGAAUAUGAAGGCCACAUUCAGCCUUCCAAGGAGCAGACCGCCAGUGUGCUGUCCAUUGCCACUUUCGGAUGGGUUGACGCAAUCGUGUGGCAAGGGUACAAGAAAACGUUCGAGAUGGCCGAUGUCUGGAACCUGGCUCCCAAAGACAAGGCCGCUGCCAUCCUUGCGCAGUAUAGGCAAUUCAAGAAGACUCAGGCCCUGUCGUGGCACUUGCUCCGUUACUUCCGCCGUGAGCUCAUAAUCCAAGCAGCUUGGGCAGCCUGCUCCGGCUUUUUCCUUUUCGUCCCCACCAUCCUCCUCAAGCUCAUCCUCGAGUAUGUUGAGAACCCCGCUUCGACGCCCCGCAAUGCUGCUUGGUUCUAUGUCAUUCUGCUUUUCCUCUCUGGCGUUACCUCUGCUCUCGCCGAUGGUCAAGCGCUCUGGAUUGGACGCAAGAUCUGCAUCAGGCUUCGAGCUAUCAUUAUUGGAGAAAUCUAUGCGAAGGCUCUCAAGCGCAGGGCGGCCUCGGGUGGAGACAAGAUUCUGGGUGAGAAAAAGCCGGAAUGGACGGAGUCAAAGAAGGAUCGCUUCAAGAGGGUUAUGUCUUUCCGUCGCAAGAAGGCAAGGCCGGAGGCUACGAAGCCGAGUGCAUCGGCCGCAAAUGGUUCGGAAACGCAGGUCAGCUCUGGAGCCAUCAUCAACUUGAUGGCAGUGGAUUCUUUCAAGGUUGCUGAAAUCUCCGCUUAUCUCCAUUUCCUGUGGGCCAACACUCCCGUCCAAGUGGUAGUGUCGGUCUUGCUCCUGUACCGCAUCCUGGGUCUUAGCUCUGUUGCCGGCAUUGGCAUGAUGAUAUUCCUUCUUCCCAUCAACAUGCUCAUUUCCAAACGUUUCGCCGCUAUCCAGAAGCAGAUACUUGCAGCCACCGAUGCCCGUAUCCACACGACCAAUGAGAUCCUUACCAACAUUCGGAUUAUCAAGUAUUUCGCGUGGGAACAACGCUUCAUGGCCCAGGUCAACGAGAAACGUGCCGUCGAACUCGCCAAUCUCCGCCGCAGGUACCAGUGGUGGGCCGCUGCCGCGACUGUCUGGUCCGGAGCCCCCAUCAUCAUCACCUUCCUCUCGUUCUUCUUCUACACCAUCAUCGAGAAGAAGGACUUGGUUCCAUCAGUCGCUUUCACUGCGCUGUCUCUAUUCCAGCUGCUCCGUAUUCCUCUUGACCAGCUUGCCGACAUGGUCGCUCACGUUCAGGAGUCAAAGGUCUCGGUGGAUCGUAUUGAAGAGUACCUGAACGAGCCUGAGACGGACAAGUACAAGCAGCUGAAGAGCGAGGAAUUCGAUGAGAAUGACGAGCCCCUCAUUGGUUUCGAUCACGGUACCUUCAGCUGGGGUACUGGAGAUUCCAAGGAUGGUGAGUUGGACGAUGCAUUCAAGAUGCUGGAUCUGGACAUCCGUUUCCCCGUUGGACAGCUCAGCGUUAUCGUUGGUUCUACUGGCUGCGGCAAGACAUCUCUUCUCAUGGCUCUGUUGGGCGAGAUGACACUCGUCCAAGGAAAGGUCUACCUUCCCGGCGGACGCUGCCGCGAGGAUUUGUCUGCUGAUCCGGAUACUGGUCUCACUGAAAGCGUCGCUUACUGCGCGCAGCAGGCUUGGUUGAUGAACGGUACUAUCAAGGAGAACAUCGUUUUCAACAGUCCGUUCGAUCCCAAGCGCUACAAGGACGUCAUCGUGGCUUGCUCGCUGCAGAGGGAUCUGGAAAUCCUGGAUGCAGGUGAUCAAACUUUGGUCGGCGAAAAGGGCGUCACACUUUCUGGUGGUCAGAAGCAGCGUAUCUCUCUUGCUCGAGCACUCUACAGCAAGGCACGUCACGUCUUGCUGGACGAUGUGCUCAGCGCGGUUGAUUCGCACACUGCCAAGUGGAUCUUUGAUCAGGCGCUCUUGGGUCCUCUCAUGUACAACAGAACUUGCAUCUUGGUCACCCACAAUGUCCAGCUUUGCCUGCCUCACUCCGAGUUCGCUGUCCUCCUCGAUAAUGGAAGGGUUGCCGUCCAAGGCACGCCCAAUGAUCUCAUCGAUUCUGGAAGGCUUAGCGAAGAUCUCUCAAAGUCUCGCCCUGUCUCUCGCGGUCCUUCUAGAGUGGCAUCUCGUGUUCCCUCUGAUGUUGGAGGUGAAGAAGCUCUCGGCGAGAACGGACACGCAAACGGAGGUGCCAAUGGCCAUGCCAAUGGAACUGAUAAGCCGAAGGAAUCCCAAGAGGAGACCAAGGCUGUGGGAGGAGUCAAGAUGGGAAUUAUCCUUAUGUACCUCAAGUCCAUGGGUUCUUCGUGGUACUGGGUUGCCGCCUUUAUUGCCUUCGCCGCUCAACAGCUCUCCUCUGUUGCAACCAAUGUCUGGAUCCGCCAGUGGGCCAACGCGUACGAUACAAAGCAGGUCAGCCUUUUCGGCGUGCAGAAGCAGCCCAGCCAUGUUACGCACACCAGCGUCGUGACUGGUCUUGGUUCAUGCUUGACGAGCGGAAGCUGUGUCUGGCCUCUCCCCUGGUUUUCUUCUUCCCAAGCAAGCCAGAACAACUUCCACGACGGGCUCCAGGUGUCGAUGGUCUCAGACAGCAACUCGAAGGUUGACGCCGGGUACUACUUGGGCAUCUACGCAAUUCUGGGAAUAAUCUUCAUGAUCAUCACUCUCAGCAGAGAGGCCGUUCUGUUCUGGGGCUCCCUCGGUGCGUCCAGGAGGAUCCAUCAACGCCUGGUCAACGCGGUCAUGCACGCCAAGUUCCGCUUCUUCGAUUCGACGCCUCUUGGACAGCUCAUGAACCGCUUCUCCAAGGAUAUCGAAUCCAUUGACCAGGAAAUUGCCCCCGUCGCCAUCGGUGUUGUUCACUGUUUCGCUUCCAUUCUGACCGUCGUCGCCCUCAUCUCCAUCAUCAUUCCCGCUUUCCUGAUCGCUGGCAUCUUCAUCAGCUUGCUGUUCUUCUUCAUCGGCAUGUUCUACAUCAAUGCCUCCCGCGAUCUGAAGCGUCUGGAGUCCGUGCAGCGCAGCCCACUUUACCAGCAAUUCGGAGAGACGCUUUCUGGCAUGACAACCAUCCGUGCGUACGGUGACGAACGCCGCUUCAUCCGAGAGAAUCUGACCCGCGUCAACACUCACAACCGACCUUUCAUCUAUCUCUGGGCAGCCAACAGAUGGCUUGCAUUCCGCGUUGACGUGGUCGGUUCCAUGGUCUCAUUUUUCUCGGGUGUUUUCGUCAUCCUCAGCAUUGGCCGUCUGGACGCUGGCGCCGCAGGAUUGGCAAUGACUUAUGCCGUCACCUUCACCGACAACGUGCUCUGGUUCGUCCGCCUGUAUGCGGCCAACGAGCAGAACAUGAACUCGGUCGAGCGUAUCAAGGAGUACCUCGACGUCGAGCAGGAGGCGCCCCCGGUCAUUGAGGACAACCGUCCGCCCUCGAACUGGCCAAGCCGAGGCUCGGUCGAGUUCAUCGGCUACAGCACGCGUUAUCGCGCAGACUUCGACUACGUCCUGAAGGGCAUCACGUUCAAGAUCGCACCGGGAGAAAAGGUCGGUGUCGUGGGCCGGACGGGUGCUGGCAAGAGUUCCCUGGCACUCGCCCUGUUCCGCGCGCUCGAAGCCGAGGAGGGCAAGAUUCUUGUUGACGAUGUCGAUAUUGGCAUGAUCGGAUUGCAGGAUCUGCGGGAGAACAUUGUUAUGGUUCCGCAAGGUAAGAUUUCCUUCUUCUUCUUCAACGUUUUCUGCACAACAAUGCAUUCCGGGGUCAACAAUGAGACUAACUUUGAGCCGCCAGAUCCGACAUUAUUCAGCGGAACCAUCCGCAGCAAUCUCGAUCCCUUCGGCCUCUUCACCGACGAGGAAAUCUUCACCGCCCUCCGCCGCGUCCAGCUCGUCGGGUCCGCUGCUCCCUCGGCCCAGACCACAAGACCGCCUUCCCCGACCGGCUCGUCCAACGGCGUCGUCCGGUCCAAGAAGAGCAACGACAAGAACGCCCAGCUCCGCUCCGCCGUCGCGGCGGUCAAGAGCGCGGCCGGCGCCACCACUGCCAACGGCACCUCAGAGCCUUCCACUCCGGGCACCCCGUCGUCGGAGAUACUGGAGAACAAGAACAUCUUCCGCAACCUCAACUCGCCCGUAUCCGAGUCGGGCAGCAACCUGUCGCAGGGCCAGCGGCAGCUGCUCUGCCUGGCGCGCGCGCUCCUCAAGGCGCCCAAGGUGCUGCUGAUGGACGAGGCGACGGCGUCGAUCGACUACGCCACGGACGCCAAGAUCCAGGAGACCAUCCGCGAGAUCCGCAACACGACCAUCACCAUCGCCCACCGCCUGCAGACCAUCUGCGACUACGACAAGGUGCUCGUGCUCGACCGCGGCGAGGUCAUCGAAUUCGGCGACCCGUGGGAGCUGAUGCAGCGCAAGAAGGGCGUUUUCCGCGGCAUGUGCGAGACGAGUGGGGAUUUGGAGGUGUUGGAGCGUGAGGCGAGGAAGGCGAGUGAGGCGAGGAGGUUGGUGGAUGGGAGGGAGGAGUAA